AUGGUAUUCACCACACCAACGCUUUCGUACGAAGCGGUAGAAUACGCAAACAACUGCAGUGAACCCCAAUGGGUGCCCAAGAAGCUCACCUUAACCAAGCAGAAAAAUAGCGAAGAAUACGGCGCUGGUGACCACCAAAUUCUCGUCAGGGUCCAUGCUGCGUCUUUGAAUCCAGUGGACUCGAUGUUGUACAACACCUAUAAUCGUGUGGUUGGAUAUUUGAAAGGAAGGCUGGGAAUGGGCAUUGAUUACUCUGGUACAAUUGUCAGUAUUGGAGUCUCUGCCGCCAAGAAAACCGACUUGACGGUGGGCGAUGAAGUUUGUGGGAUGUAUAUGCACCCAUUUUUUUCCGGAACGGUAGCAGAAUACUUGCUUAUAGACCCCAAAAAGGAUCCGGCUAUCACUCGAAAGCCGAGGUCAAUUGACUUAACAAUGGCGUCUGCUUGGCCCUUGGUAUACGGCACAGCACACCAGAUGAUUGAAGCCACGCGAGUCAAGAAAGGCGACAAGGUAUUGGUUCUUGGAGGCGCUACUGCAGUGGGCCGUAUGGCGAUCCAGAUUGUGGCCCAGUACUAUAAUCCCAGCAAGAUAGUGGCUACAUGUUCUGGAAACUCGGCGCCAUUGGUAAAAAAGUUGGGAGCUGACGACAUCAUCGACUACACCAGCUAUGCCAGCUUGAAGGAGCCAGUUGAAAGAGAAGCCGCAACUGCCAAAUUUGAUGUCAUUUUGGACUGCGUUGGCAACAGCGACUUGUUUGGCACGAUGGACAAAAUUGUUCAAAGAAAUGGCCAUUACAUCACCAUUUGCGGUGAAAAGAAACACAAAUACAAUUCCAUCUCCUUUGUUUCGGAAGCCUACAGCCAGCUCUUCGUUGUUGCAAGAACCGUGCUUUGUUACGUAGGCUACAACCAGUACAACUACCGGUUCUUGCUUGCCUCCCCGGGCUCAUGGAUCCACGAUGGAGCCCACCGUUUGGACAACGGCAUAGAGGUUGCAAUAGACAGCACUUACUCCAAGGCUGAUUUUGCCAAGGCGUUUGCCCGGUUGCGUUCGAACAGAGCCUCAGGAAAGAUUAUCGUCAAGUGUACCGAAUAA